UUUAUUGAAAGAGGAGUGGAAGGAGUUGCCGGAAAGGAGGUUUUCUAUGCCAUCAAAACAGAUGAAAGAAGAUAUGCAUAAAUAUGAAGAGAGAGACGUAAAGAAAAGGGGAGAAUAUAUACAGGAAGCAGCAUAUAAUGUGGUAGAAAAUAAUCAGGAGCACUUAUCUAAUAAAGAGAGAAUGGAAGAAGUAUAUAAAUAUAAAGAUGAACGAGAAGAGUGGAAUAAAAAAGAAUGGAUAUUGAGGGAGAUAAAUGAGGAAAAACAGGAAUCUCAGAAGAUAUCUAAUUAUUUAAGAAAGGUAUCGUCAAGUCCGUCAUUUGAAUCUACAUUAUUAGCAUAUAAAAACGCAACAAAGGAAUCGAAUCGAUCAACGAAAUCAAAUCCAACAAAAAAUACAGAAGGGCAAGAAGAUUGUAAUAGACAGAAAGUUGUUAGAAAGAAGAGCGGGGAAUUAGUGAAAUCAUCAUUAAAGUCGGAAAAACAUAAACGUCCACAAUCCAUGCCAUCAACGCCAAUUAUGCACAAGAAUGUACAAUUUGCAACGAAAUUAGAAGAAAUUAAGCAUUUUUCUCAAGCGGAAAAGCCAGAAGAAGUAAGUAGAAGUGGAUUACUAGACGAAACAUAUCAAGAUACAUAUGAAAUGGCAUUUGAUUCUGAUUUAUAUGAUCUAAGGAAAGAAAAGAAUUCGAAUUUGACAAUUGAAUUGGUAAAUUUCGAGAAUAGUAAGGUAUUAUGUUUGUCACAAAAUGUUCAACUGGAGACGGUAUAUCUAUCAUCAGAUAAGAAGCGUUUAUUAGGAAGGGUUGCAGUGAGAAAUAUAUCAUUCGAGAAAAUUGUUGGAAUUAGAUUUACAAUGGAUUUUUGGCAAACAAUAUCAGAAAUAAAUGCUGAAUACACGGAUGAUAUAUUAACGAAACAAUAUAAAGAUGAUCUUGAUAGAUUUGUUUUUAAUAUUAAGCUACACGAACUGAUGAAUAUCGAGAACAAGACUCUAUAUCUUUGUGUACGAUAUAAAAUUCCAGGGGAAGAAUUCUGGGAUAAUAAUUCAGGCAUGAAUUAUAAAAUAGGCUUUAAAAGAGAAUUUAAAACACAAACACGUCCUUCUACUCAUUUUCCGGCUUUUUCUUUAAGAAAUCGAUAUUUAAAUGAUGAUGAUUUUAAUACAGGAUUAGAUCCUCGUUUAUCUAUAUUUCAGUUAUAUAAAAACGAUCCAUUUCACAUGUCUCCAAUUAAUGAUGAUACAAAUACCAAACAAUUAUCACGUAAAAAGGAUAAUUUCAGCAAUAUUUUUUCAAAUCGAUAUGACUUUAGUACUUCGCUUACAGCAGCUAUUAAAGCAUCUGGUACUACGAAUUAUAACGAAAACAAAAAUAAAGAUUCUAAAACGAAAGACCCUAAUUCUUAUGAAGAUUCCAUAAAAAACGUAGACUUAUAUUUUUCGAAUCUACUUUUAAUAGAUAAACCAUUAACUAAGAGUCAGAGUAAUAUAUCUUUUGGAAAUGAUAUUUCAAAUACCCUUUCAUUAAAUGAUACCAAAUUAUCAGUAUCUUUUCAAGAAAACAAAGCUGCACGUGACUUAUUCAAGGGAAGUUCGAAACCAUCUGUAGAUUCUGUUUUAUACCAAAAUUUUUUAGAUAGUUAUUGCUUUUUUAGAGGAUCCGAUAAAUUAAACACUCAGGAUUCCGAAUAUAUAGCGCAUACGGACGAGAAUCCUAGGAAAAAUAUUCCUCCAAUAUCUCAUAAAAAAUCUAGUUCAACCAGUUCUUUAUCAUCUUUAAAUGAAUUCAUUCCAAUUUCUUCGCUUUCCGAGUCAUCUUUAUUUUAUUCUCAAUCUUCAUUAUCUUCUAUACCUUCAGUUGAUAGUGUAUCAAAUAUACAACAACCUUCUGAAUCGAAAUCAUCAAUUGACCUUUAUUAUAAUCAUAUAAUUAAUUCAUCACUUACUCUCGAUACACCAGGAGGCACUCUUACCGCCAUACGGACUUGAUAUUAGUAAUAUUCUAAAGACUUUUAUUUUUUGCGGA